AGCUGGGGGGCAUAGACGAUCUUUGCAGUGGUUAUUUCACCGUCCUGUGUGUUUGUGUGUUUGUGUGUACACUGCACCUGAACAAAGGCGACCAUGGCACCUGGAAAGAAGAACAGAGUGUUUGUCAUCGGUGUGGGCAUGACAAAGUUUGACAAGCCGGGAGCCCGAGCAAACUAUGACUACCCUGAAAUGGCAGAGGAAGCAGGUAAAAAUGCUCUAAAAGAUGCAGGAAUCCCGUAUUCUUCCAUUGAACAAGCCUGUGUCGGAUACGUCUAUGGGGAUUCCACAUGUGGGCAAAGGGCCAUUUACCACAGCCUGGGUCUGACUGGGAUCCCCAUCAUCAAUGUUAACAACAACUGCUCCACGGGCUCCACUGCUCUGUUCAUGGCACGCCAGCUGGUCCAGGGAGCUCUUGCUGACUGUGUGCUUGCCCUUGGUUUUGAGAAGAUGGAGAGGGGCUCUUUGUCUGCAAAGUUCAUGGAUCGUAUCAAUCCCAUGGACAAGCACAUGGAGGUGAUGAUCAACCGCUACGGGAUGGUGGCAGCACCCGCAGCUGCACAGAUGUUUGGCAACGCUGGCAGGGAGCACAUGGAGAAAUAUGGCACGAAACCGGAACACUUUGCCAAAAUCGCCUGGAAAAACCACAAGCAUUCCACCAAUAACCCGUAUUCCCAGUUCCAGGAUGAGUACAGUUUGCAGCAGGUGAUGACCUCGAGGAAGGUGUUUGAAUUUCUCACUCUCCUGCAGUGUUGCCCUACGUCGGAUGGUGCAGCCGCAGUAGUUUUGGCCAGCGAGGACUUUGUCCGGAAACACCGUCUUGAGCAGCAGGCAGUGGAGAUUGUGGCCCAAGAGAUGGUGACCGACCUUUCCUCCACGUUCGAUGAAAACAGCUGCAUUAAGAUGGUGGGAUACGACAUGUCUCGCUUAGCGGCUAAAAAGUGUUAUGACGCUGCGGGUCUGAAUCCAAGCGACGUUGAUGUGGUCGAGCUACAUGACUGCUUCUCGGCCAAUGAGCUCAUCACAUACGAGGCUCUGGGGUUGUGCUCAGAGGGUAAGGCUGGAGAGCUGAUUGACAGAGGAGACAACACGUACGGGGGCAAGUUUGUAGUCAACCCCAGUGGUGGUCUCAUCUCUAAAGGACAUCCUCUUGGUGCCACAGGUCUGGCCCAGUGUGCGGAGCUGUGCUGGCAGCUGCGAGGACAGGCUGGCAGGAGGCAGGUCCCAGGGGCAAAAGUGGCCUUGCAGCACAACAUUGGCUUGGGAGGAGCUGUGGUUGUCACACUUUACAAAAUGGGGUUCCCAGCAGAGACCAGGUCCCGCAUUAGUGCAGUUCCCACCAGCUCCGUCAGCAGCUUGGAAGGUUCUAAAGUUUACCCCGUCUUCAAAGAGAUGGAAAAACAUAUACAGCAGGAAGGGGAGCACCUUGUCAAGAAGGUUGAUGGAGUGAUUGCUUUUAAAGUGAAGGGCGGUCCAGGUGGAGAGGAGGUGACCUGGGUUUUGGAUUUGAAAAAUGGCAAAGGGUCCAUCAGCAAUGACGCAGAUAAAAUAGCAGACUGUACAUUUACCCUGAGUGAGCAUGAUUUCCUGGAUGUGAUUACAGGAAAGGGAGACGCAAGAAAGGCGUUCGCCAAAGGGAAGCUGAAGAUCAAUGGGAUCGUAGAUGUGCCUUUGAGGCUUUUAGGAGCCGGGGGUCUUCAAGUAAAGGCCAAGCUGUGAGACCUUGUGGUGGCAUUUCACACAUAAAUCCUCCUGCUCAAUGUUAACUUCAGCGAUAAUGUGCUUAUGGGAGACGGCACGUGAAGUUUUAAUUCCUGCUGCUACUUUGUUAUCAGAGCAUACUGCUUAUGUAAUGCUCAUGUAUGUAAAGGUAAUGGUCUGUGUGAUGAAUUGGUGAUACUGUAUGAGGUUUUCAUAAACAUGUCACUCUUCAGCUAAUCAUGUAGGCAGACUGGUCAAAGUGCCUAUUAUUUUUCUACUAAAUUAAACUUGAGUUUAACAGGUUUGAUGUUGGCUGUAGAAUAUAGUUAUAUACUAAGUCUUCUGAUGUACUUUCUAUCUUCAUUCUAAUAAAGCUAUUUUAAUCUGA